AUGGGGGGCGUCGAAGUCCCCCAGAUCACAGUAUGGGGGGCGUCGAAGUCCCCAGAUCACAGUAUGGGGGCGUCGAAGUCCCCAGAUCACAGUAUGGGGGCGUCGAAGUCCCCCAGAUCACAGUAUGGGGGCGUCGAAGUCCCCAGAUCACAGUAUGGGGGCGUCGAAGUCCCCAGAUCACAGUAUGGGGGCGUCGAAGUCCCCCAGAUCACAGUAUGGGGGCGUCGAAGUCCCCAGAUCACAGUAUGGGGGCGUCGAAGUCCCCAGAUCACCGUAUGGGAGCGUCGAAGUCCCGCAGAUCACAGUAUGGGGGCGUCGAAGUCCCCAGAUUACAGUAUGGGGGCGUCGAAGCCCUUCAGAUCACAGUAUGGGGGCGUCGAAGUCCCCAGAUCACCGUAUGGGAGCGUCGAAGUCCCGCAGAUCACAGUAUGGGGGCGUCGAAGUCCCCAGAUCACAGUAUGGGGGCGUCGAAGUCCCCCAGAUCACAGUAUGGGGGCGUCGAAGUCCCCCAGAUCACAGUAUGGGGGAGUCGAAGUCCCCAGAUCACAGUAUGGGGGCGUCGAAGUCCCCCAGAUCACAGUAUGGGGGCGUCGAAGUCCCCAGAUCCUGCUCUUCAUGCUGGUAGUGACCAUCCUCUACUGGGCAAUCCUCACCCCGGAGUUCCCUGGCAUCCCACUUCCUUUCCUGCCCCCUGCCCUCACUUCCUUCCCGCUGCCGCUCAAUCCUGCCCCUGCCCUCAUUUCCUGCCCCCUGCCCUCACUUCCUGCCCCUGCCCUUACAUCCUGCCCCCUGCCCUCACUUCCUGCCCCCUGCCCUCACUUCCUGCUCCCUGCCCUCACUUCCUGCCCCCUGCCCUCACAUCCUGCCCCCUGCCCUCACAUCCUGCCCCUGCCCUCACAUCCUGCCCCCUUCCCUCACAUCCUGCCCCCUGCCCUCACUUCCUGCCCCCUGCCCUCACAUCCUGCCCCCUGCCCUCACUUCCUGCCCCCUGCCCUCACAUCCUGUCCCCUGCCCUCACUUCCUGCCCCCUGCCCUCACAUCCUGCCCCCUGCCCUCACUUCCUGCCCCCCUGCCCUCACAUCCUGCCCCCUGCCCUCACUUCCUGCCCCCUGCCCUCACAUCCUGCCCCCUGCCCUCACUUCCUGCCCCCUGCCCUCACAUCCUGCCCCCUGCCCUCACUUCCUGCCCCCGCUGCCCUCACUUCCUGCCCUCUACCCUCACUUCCUGCCCCCUGCCCUCACUUCCUGCUCCCUGCCCUCACUUCCUGCCCCCUGCCCUCACUUCCUGCCCGCUACCCUCACUUCCUGCCCCCUACCCUCACAUCCUGCCCCCCUGCCCUCACUUCCUGCCCCCCACAGUCACUAA